AACAACCUCUCGUCAACGAUGCUCUUGCAUCCAACAAAACCAAAUCCGAUACCACUCGUUUUGGGAAACCUUUUAUUCCUCCUGCCAAAGGCCUCGUCUUUUCUCUCUCUGCAUGUGAACACACUCCAAAUUCCUCAAUUAUUUUAUUCGCUUUUCACAAGAAUUAACCACAAACCCAUCUUCCAUUUCUCGAUUUCAGAAAAGGGUCGUCGGAAAAUCUUAAAAAAUCCCGAUGACGAUUGGAGCUCGUGAUGCACAGAAGAUGGAGCUAACAGUGAAGGAAUCAUUAAUGGUGAAACCAUCCAAACCCACACCGAACCAGCGGCUAUGGAACUCGAAUCUUGACUUGGUUGUGGGUCGGAUCCAUAUAUUGACCGUUUAUUUCUAUAGACCAAAUGGGUCUUCCAAUUUCUUUGAUUCUGGGGUUCUGAAGAAGGCUCUUGCCGACGUUCUUGUUUCGUUUUUUCCGAUGGCCGGACGGCUGGGUAACGAUGGAGAUGGCAGAGUUGAAAUUAACUGCAACGGCGAGGGUGUUUUGUUUGUGGAAGCUGAAGCGGAUUGUAGCAUUGAUGAUUUUGGUGAGAUUACGCCGUCACCGGAGCUACGGAAGUUGGCGCCGACGGUGGAUUACUCCGACCAAAUCUCUUCCUAUCCGCUCUGUAUCACACAGGUUACACGCUUCAACUGUGGCGGGGUUUCUCUCGGGUGUGGCCUGCACCAUACGUUAUCCGAUGGACUCUCGUCUCUCCACUUCAUCAAUGCAUGGUCCGAUAAAGCGCGUGGAUUGUCGGUUGCGAUUCCACCGUUCGUCGACCGCUCCCUACUCCGUGCCCGUGACCCACCGACCGCCAUGUUCGAACACCUCGAAUACCACUCCCCGCCAUCGCUCAUCGCCCCGUCACAAAACCAAAACUCCACAUCCCAUCCUAAGCUUGCUUCGACCACCAUGCUGCGACUCACAUUGGAUCAAAUCAAUGGUCUUAAAUCAAAGGCCAAGGGCGAUGGAAGCGUGUACCAUAGCACGUACGAGAUCUUAGCCGCACAUCUAUGGCGAUGCGCAUGCAAAGCGCGUGGACUAUCAGACGAUCAACCAACCAAACUGUACGUGGCUACAGACGGACGAUCAAGAUUGAACCCUCCCCUCCCUCCAGGAUACCUAGGAAAUGUCGUUUUCACGGCCACUCCGAUUGCCAAAUCAGGCGAGUUUAAAUCCGAGUCAUUGGCCGACACCGCUAGGAGAAUCCAUAUCGAGUUGGCUAAAAUGGACGAUCAAUAUCUCAGAUCGGCCAUCGAUUACUUGGAAUUGCAGCCAGACCUGACGGCCCUCGUACGAGGGCCUACCUAUUUUGCGAGUCCAAAUCUGAACAUAAACAGUUGGACUCGCUUACCGAUAUAUGAAUCAGACUUUGGAUGGGGUCGGCCCAUUUUCAUGGGACCCGCAAGCAUCCUUUAUGAGGGCACGAUUUACAUCAUACCGAGCCCAAGCGGCGAUCGGAGUGUGUCGUUGGCGGUGUGCUUGGACCCCGAUCACAUGUCUUUGUUUCGAAAAUGCUUGUAUGACUUCUAGACCCAAUCGUAAGUAAAUAAGUUAGAGAGUAAGAAAUGAGUGUACAUGUAACGAGCAAAAUAAAAUAAAGAGGUAGUUAUUCUGUU